CUGAUUUUGGCAUCCUUGGCGGAGUCAGGAUCAACCCUGUCCGGCUGUUCGCGAAAACUCGUUACGAGUUUCAUCACUCUUGCCAGGGUACAAGAUAGCCAUGUAAUCAUGCCUUCACCUCCAACAACCCCGAGCUUUCUCCCCAAAGCCGAUGCGGCGAUACUAAGAUUCAGCCACCAGCCACCGCCCCAACCGCCUCGGCCCACGACGAUUGGUCCGAUUCUCGACCCUGAGAAUCUUGAUCAGCCAAUCAGCGUCUUGACGCCCGGGAUUGAAGCAGCAUCCUAUCCCACUCCUGAUCCCAACGCACCCACCUCGACCACCUGUGCUAAACCCUCUGGAUUCAAUGGUCGGUAUCUGCGUGCCUUUCUUCCCGGCAAUGAGAGGCUUAGACUGUCUAUGUUAUGGUACUACACCCGCGGUAUUCAGGAAGAAGACGAACUCCUUGCCGGGCUUCAAGAGAAAGCGGAUCUCGCAAAGGAAUGCACCGGGUGGCAGUUUUCCGUCAUUGGGAUCCUCGAUAUCGAUGUCUAUAUCCGCCUGGCCACCCAUGGUCUACAGCUCGGUAUCCUGCCCCGCGGCGAGACACUCUGUGCCCAUACCGUCACGCAACCUCCUGGUAGUGUAUUCCUUCUCCCAGAACUCCAGGAAGACUGGCGGUUCCGAACAUGUCCGUACCUCGAGCAGGGCGGCCUCUACGCGUACGCCGGUGUGCCGCUCCGUCUGCAGCAUGAAUCCGGGGUUACUGUUGGACUCGGUUCACUAUGCGUAGCGUCUAGUAAAGCCGAGGACCCCCUCACAAAAGACCAACAGCAGGCGCUGGUCCGCUUGGCUGACUGGGUUGUUUCUGAUAUGGUGCAAUGUACUCGUGCGAGACGCCAGCGCGAACGGCAACGAAUGUCAGAUCUUCUCACCACAGCGCGGAUGGAACUAGAAAAGGGCGUCUCGGAGGACCCUGUCUUUGGGAUACUAAAGGCUAUUUAUCCCCAGGCAGUCAUCAAAUCGCAGCCUACGAAAGCCACCCAUGUCGAGAUGGAAGCACGCAAUCCACUACUCAUGUCCGACCUCCAAGGCGGACUCUGGGAAGAUAUCGAGUACCUCGAUGCCCUGAUCGCAGAAGCAAAUCACCAGCCGCUCCCCACGACAAAGACAAUCCGUGUCAUGGCCGCCCCCUGCGAGAGCGCCAAAGGCCCCUCCUUGCUCCUCUUGGGAACAAAGGACUUUCAGCACAUAUUCGACGACGUCGACUCGUGGUUCGUGCAGUCCUGCGCCGGACUGAUCUCGGAAAUGUGGCGCAAACGGCUCCUGGUAGAUGCGAUUGAUGCAAAGGAGAAAUUCCUCCGCGGGUUCUCGCAUCAGCUCCGUACGCCCAUUCAUGGGAUUCUGGGCUCAGCGGAUCUCCUUGCUGAGGAGCUUCAGGCAGCUUGGGGCUAUGGCUCUGCUGAUGGUGCUUUCGCAGCAUCAACGGUUCAGAAGACGGGGCUUACGAGCUUCUCUGAAUACUCCAAAUAUCUUAACAUCAUCAAAAUGGGCGGCCGCGAUCUCGUCUCGAUCAUUAAUAACAUGAUUACACUGAACAGAUGGGUUGACAUUGCCCUGACGGACCGACACUACGCCAUGUACAGCAUCAACAAGCUCGAGUCCGAACUAUGCACCGCAAUAUCAAACCUCACCAUUGGCGACAUGCGAUACAAAUGCGCCCUCUUCUUCACGCACGACAUUCCCCCCGGCUUCGAGACCUUCUGGAUGGACAUUGACGUCCUCCGUGAAAGUCUCCUCCCGCUCGUCUACAAUGCCAUCCAACACACGCCCGAUGGAAUCGUCUCCGUACACUCAUUGGUAGAUCCCGAGUUGAAGCAGCUGACCAUCGACAUUAAGGAUACGGGCCAGGGUAUUCAGCAGGAGGACCAGCGGCGCAUCUUUGAAGCGUAUGAGAAGGUUGAUAUGCAUUCUGCGCGAGCAGGACUAGGUCUCACGCUAGCGUCUCGCUUUGCGACGCUCUUGCAUGGCUCUGUGGCGUUGAUGUCUUCGGCUAUUGGUCGGGGUUCGCACUUCCGAGCGACCUUUCGUGAUGUCGAGUGUGUUUGCAAAGAGGCCGGAGCUGCGCAGUCGCUAGCCUCGAAGAUUCAGAAUCUUCCCCGGAAUUUUCACACUCUCUCGACUCCUGCUGGAUCCAGACCGAAUGAGGUCUCUGGCUCUCUGUGCGAUCACUUCGCGCCCCUCCUGACACGAAAUGGAUUCACACCAUCAGACUCUCUGGAGGGCUCUUUCGCCAUCGUGAAUGCGUCUGCAGACACCGAGGAGCACCGCGCGCGUCUCUCCCAGGUUCCGCCAGGCGUGGUAGUCAUUUCCCUCGCCCCAGGUCUGCAGGCCGAUUCCGAGCCGCCUUCCUCUCUCGACCGAACCGGUGCCAAGAACGUGAUUCAUGCGACCGGACCCUUCUCAACCCAGACACUAGCCUCAAUACUCGAACAGGCAGACGCCGUCGUGGCCGAGAUCAAGGCCUCGGAGUUGCGCACCUCACGACCGAGCGCAGCCCUCCCCAUGCACCUGAAACGCACCAACGACGACUCCACAUCAGAUUCAGACUCCCAGCCAGACAGCAGCAUCCUAACCCCCGCGGAGUCAUCAGAGGAAGAGACAGCACCAACCCGUACUCAAGCUAGCCCUCGUCCGCUACGCACAUCGCCGCGCCCGACAACGCUCAUCGUCGACGAUAACAUCGUCAACCUCCGCGUGAUGGAAAUGUACUGCAAGAAGCGCGGGUUGCCGUACUUAACAGCGCAAGACGGCCUGCAAGCGAUCGAGGUCUUUACGAAACGCCAAUCCUCCUCCUUAUUAUUGUCACCACCCACCGGGAACAAUACCGGCAAUGACAACGAAAACGACCUUCCCCCCAUCGAGCUAAUCUUCAUGGACCUCCAAAUGCCCCUCUGCGACGGCGUCGAAGCGACGAAACAAAUUCGGUCCCUCGAGCAAGAGAAUGGCUGGGCGAGUUCGUUGAUCGUCGUCAUGACGGGCCAGGAUACACUUGCCGAUAAGUCGGCUGCGAAGGAGGCUGGUGGCGACGAGUAUUUUGUGAAGCCGGUUAUACUCCAACAGCUGGAUCGGGUCGUUCGGCGGCAAUUUCCGGCGUUUGAGGUUGGGAUCAAGCCGUAGGUCCGUCUAUGGCUAUCAUGGCGUAGGCGUGGUGGAUCGUUGCCAUUGAGUGUUGGCUGUUGAAGCACUACUGGCCGUGCCGAAUGCUUGCGAAUAAAUGCACAAGUAAGAAGAACGUUCUAAUCGCUUGGCCUGUACCUACACCCAUAAUCAGUCCCCUAAAUGACUAGCCCAUCCUCGCAGACAAUGCAAUGCAAUGUAGCGUAGUGUACCUUUGUAGGUAUUCCGAGGUCCUUGCCAGAGAUAGCGCACCCAAGGCUGGAUUCCGUAGCAGAAAGGGCUUGAGUAAUUCAUCUAUCUAGUGCAACAUCUUCGCUCCUUCACAUCCGCCAACAUAAUCAAGUAUACGCUAGAUUUUGAACCUCCAACGGUUAAGCAUAACAAAGGGAGCCGCGAGCGAGCCUAGUGGCGGACGCGCAAGUCCUGAAUAGCAAGAGCCAGCCUCUCAACAUCCUCGCCCUCAUCGCCAGAGUCCGCAGAGUCCUCGGUUUUCAACCCAGCCGCCGAAUAAAACGGCCAUGCCCUGGUAUACAUGUAUCCCGACGUUCGAACCCUCAGGCCGAUCCCCGCCUCAUCGCAUAGCUCCCUCACCCCGCCGAGCUCCACCUCCCAUAGAUCGGUAUUCCACGUCUGAACGACCAGCAUCUCCAGAUCAGGGCACCGUCUCACCCGGAGCAUAUCUUCUAGCUGGCCCGGAAGCCACGAUAGUUCGUCCUCGGGGCAGUUGGUGAGACAGAGGAAUCUGAGCGAGCGCGGGAGGACGGUUGAUAACGUCCGUGUCGCUUCCUGCCCCGGCGAGACGUUCUCUAUAUCGAGGAGGAUCGUAGACGGCAUGCCGAGGAUCUUCAGCGCGGUGUAGUUCUCCAGAGACCCAAUCCACAUAUUGCCCUCGCCGUCGCCGCCAUUAUCCAGCUCCUCGACCUCUAUCCACAGGCGCUCGAGACUUGCCGCGUGCGGUCUGAGUGUGUCGCCAAAGGCGCUGGGGAUCAGCUCGUCGUCCCAAGAGAUCAUGCCUCCGCCGUGGAUGUAUCGGAAGGAUCUCAGCUCGCGGCAGAGGUUGAUCCACGCAGACAACCCGUCGGAGACGGAACUGUUGUCUAGGUCAAUGUCUGUGACGUUUGAGAAACGGGUGCCUUCACGAUUAUCAACUGCGCCUCCGCGAACCAUACUGCCGCUGACCUUGGCUAGCGAGGGGAUUGAGAAGAAAGGGGUGGCUCUGUACGCAUCGAUGCCGUUCUCGGUGUCGUACCAGGAGAUGAACAGCUCCUCGAGGUGGGGAAAGCUAUCAACUACGCCGGCGGCUACAAACCCGUUGAAGUACUCGGCGCCGUAGGGAUAUUCGAUCCCCAGCCGCCUAAGGUUCGUGAACCGGGGCAUGGAAAGCGCGAGGAAUGCAUCUGUGAUGCAUUGGUCCAGCCCCUCGAGCCAGAACUGUGCCUCCUUUGCCCACCGGGGAUCCCGUGCCACGAUCUCUUUGAAAAUGGUGCGAUCCCACGCCUCUCGGAUCUCCUGAGAUUGCUUGUCCGUCCCCCGGUCGAGGUCUGCUUCUGUGUCCCAACUGUCGAGGUGGAGAGAGCGCACGGCCAAGGCGAGCUCCGGUCUGCGGAUUACUGUGUUGAAGAAACUGGGAUUGCGGAUUUCGCUUGGUUUAUUGUAACCGCUGUAACCGAGAAAGACAUUGGUGUAGACGCGUGGUAGGAGGAUGUCAUGGUACCGGCGGGAGCAGCGAGCGAAUGCUGCACGCGAGGGUGUGUUGAGGAACUGGCUGACCAAGCAUAUUAGCUCGGUAGGGAGUCGAUCCAUUUGUUGUGUUUUGUUGGUGAUGGAUGAGGAUAAAUGCAGCGAAGAGGGGAAAGCACCGCCGGG